AUGCGACUCCCCCGCGUUUAUGAAGAUCUCGACCGCGAAGGGCUUUACCUCGAGGGUUUGCGUCGUGCCCGAGCUAUCAUGGAUGACAUGCUUGACUACAACCAUAGACUGUUCAGCAAUCUUACCGAACGGUAUCAGAUGGCCAAUGCUUCGCCUUUCGGCCUCAACCUGCUCAUGUUUCGCAAAAGCAUCGAGCUGCAUGGCACAGCCGAGCAACAGAAAUACUGGCUACCCCUGGUUGACGAGCUUAAAAUCAAUGGUGCAUUUGCCCAGACAGAGCUUGGCCAUGGUACCUUCGUGCGAGGUAUAGAGACUACAGCCACCUUUGAUGCCGAAUUUCAUGGGUUUAGGUUGCAUUCUCCCACGACAACUUCGACAAAGUUUUGGCCCGGUGGAUUGGGCCUUAGUUGCUCUCAUACCAUUGUGGUGGCUCGGUUGAUUGCUGGGAACCCAGUUGCCGACCAUGGAAUACAUAUGUUUCUAGUGCAAAUCCGCUCACUGGAAGAUUACAGUCCUGUGGAGGGAGUCGAGCUGGGCGAUCAAGGCAUGAAAAUGUCAUAUAACGGGACGUGCAAUGGGUACGCUAGAUUCGAUCAGCUGCGUAUUCCACGAGAUAGCCUGCUGAGUGCCCAUGUCCAUGUUAAUCCGGACGGCUCAUUUGUUCAAAGAAUUGCAGACAAAAAAAGCUUACUAGGGAAGACUUACUUUAUCAUGCUUCACCAUCGGGGUAUAAUCGUGCGGUGUGUUAGCUUUGCACUGGCACAAGCUGUGACGAUCACAGCUCGUUAUUCAGUUGUACGAGAGCAGGGGUAUGGUACUGUUGGAAAUGAGAAUGAUACAGAAACCUCUAUAUUGUGGUAUAAAAGUCAGCACUAUCGACUGUUUGUCCUAGUUGCACGGGCAUAUGCUAUCCUCUUUGCGUCGAAGAGUUUUGACCAACAAUAUCAAUCCCUCCUUCAGAACCAGUCCAAUGGACAUGAAUUUUCAGGGCGUCUCCCCUUCACCCAUGCCUUGGUCAGUGGCCUUAAGGCUUGGUCGUCGUCGGUAGCUAGUGCUGGAGCUGAAGACGCACGACAGAUGUGUGGUGGCCACGGGUAUGUCGCACUCUCUGGUUUACCGGAAAUUCUCUGUGCGGUGUCCGCAUCUGUUACAUUCGAGGGCGAAAACUUCGUCUUGUGGCAGCAGUUGGGACGAUACCUUUUCAAGCAACUUGAAACACAUAUUGCAGGCGAGAGAAAAGCUCCAGAGAUGGAAGCUUUCAUGGAUGGAAUAGACACUUACCUUCGCGAUGAUUGCCCUGAAAUGGGAUUCCGAGAAACCCCAGAAGAACAGCUCAAAGACGUAUCAACCCUUUUGUCUAUCUUUCUCCAUCGAGCACGCCGGCUUCUUGUUACUGCAUAUCGUCUAUUCCAGAGCAACUUGAACAAGCCCCAUGAAGCAGAUGCAUGGAACAAAAGCAUGAUGCCUAUAUUAUCAGCCGCGCAUGCCUUUACGGAAUAUCUUGUUCUUCAGUACUUCAAAGAGCACACUGCAGCUAUCUGCACGGAAGAACCCAGUCUAUCACCCGUUCUUUCCAGGCUCUGCCUUCUAUUUGCCCUAACAACAAUCACAAACCCAACCUCAUCCUUCAUUGCAACAUCCUUUGCCGAAGAUGGGUCAAUAAAUUUGUCUCAAUUGACUAAAAUGCGUGACAAUAUCGAUGAAUUAUUGACAGAGCUUCAUCCCGAUCUGAUUGCAUUGACUGAUGCCUGGGACUUUACCGACGCAAGUCUCUGCAGUGCUUUGGGGUGUAGAGAUGGAAAUAUUUAUGAGCGCUUGAUGAGCUGGACAAAACAAAUUCCAAUUAACAUUGCUACCAACAACUCGGGAGGUCAGUUGAAUACCAUCUGGAAAGGACCGGACGGAAUUGAGGAAUUACUGAAAAGAGAUCGAAAAAGAGCAGCCAGGCUAUGA